AUGCAAGUAUCGAGCGGUGAUAAUUUGGGGACGGAGAAGGACGGGAAGAGGCCGGAGGUGAUGAAGAAGAAUAAUGUGGCGGAAUCAGAUCGUAAUCAUCAAGAUCAUGCACAAGAGCAAGAUCAAACGUUGCCUCCAGGGUUUAGGUUUCAUCCUUCUGAUGAAGAGUUAAUCACGUAUUAUCUUUUGAAUAAGAUAUCAGAUGCUAAUUUUACAGGAAGAGCGGUUACUGAUGUUGAUCUCAACAAGUUUGAACCUUGGGAACUUCCAGGGAAGGCUAAAAUGGGAGAAAAAGAAUGGUAUUUUUUCAGCCUUAGGGAUAGAAAAUACCCGACCGGAGUUAGAACAAAUAGAGCGACGAACACAGGCUACUGGAAAACCACGGGAAAAGACAAAGAAAUCUUCAAUACUGAUACUUCAGAGCUGGUCGGGAUGAAGAAGACAUUGGUGUUCUAUAAAGGAAGAGCUCCGAGAGGAGAGAAAACCAAUUGGGUUAUGCAUGAAUACCGACUUCAUUCCAAAACCGCUUUUAGAACAGCUAAGGACGAAUGGGUGGUUUGCCGAGUAUUCCAAAAGAGUGCCGGACCGAAAAAGUAUCCACCAAACCAAACAAGGGCAGUGAAUCCCUAUGUCAACCUUGAAAUUGCCCCUCCUCUUCUUCCACCACCCCUCAUGCAGCUCGGAGACCCUGCUGCUCAAUAUGGCUAUGGGCGUAACUACAUCACGGGCGCAGAUCUGGCCGAGCUCAACCGAGUCCUGAGAGCCGGUGGAGGCGGCAGUGGCAGCGGAGGAUCAUCUCACGGUAUCAACUUAUCGAUGCAGCCCCAGUUUAACUAUCAACCUGCAGGAGGUUGCUUCACAAUAUCCGGGUUGAACUUAAACCUUGGAGGAGCUUCAUCGCAACCAGUUUUGCGACCGAUGCCGCCCCCAGUUGCAGCACCGAUGAAAAUUGGUCAACAAGACAUCGGUUCGUCUGUCAUGGCAGCUACCAUGGCUAAUUCAUCUGUGAUUGCAAGCGCGAUCGGUCCUGAAACUGCAUAUGGGGCGGAGAUCAGCAACAAUGGCAAUGGACCUGGCAACAGAUUUAUGAACAUGGACCAUUGCAUGGACCUGGAGAAUUACUGGCAAAACUGGUAAAGGCCGCCAAGCUAUGCAUACAUUUCUCAGUAAACACUGAAGAAGUUGUUGCAGUCAUAGAGAUAGUUCUCCCUUUUUCCCUUUGUUACGAGUUUUCACAAACCCGCCUUUCGUAGUCGAUGUGUAACGUUUAACUCCGAGAUUGGAGUCUCUAGUUGUUUCUGUAAGCAGUCGGAACACCUCUUUUUCAACCACUUAAUAUCUAUAAUCUCACAGCCGGUGGACGGAUCAUCGAGGAUGAACCGAACCAAAGUUUGUUCUUUUCAGGACUUCAUAAUCAAUAGCUGAAAGACCCCUUCAGCAGCAAAGUCACACAAGCUGCUAACAUCACACUGAUGGUAGACUUGAACAGAGCGGAGUAACGAGAAGAAAAUUUGAAAUAAUUUAUUCGACUUCGUAACUAUUUUACAACGAACAAAAAAACUUACAACUCUGGCAUCAUAGUCAUAAACAUGGAAAACAAAAUAUAACUUCAACGUCUAAACUUCUUGGGUGUAUCUAGCAGCGGGAGUGAUGAUCAUGGCUAACAACCGACCGAGACUAGGUGAUGAAACUAUAAGAGCUUCAAAAAAAUAUCAGACUUCUAAGUUCCAGAUUCCUAGAGAAAGCGAAAGAUGUCAUGUCCACCU